GAGCAGAGAACCCGUCUCAAACCUAAAACUCUUUCUUCAGACUUCAACCCGUCGAUCUAGAUCGUCAAUAUAUCGUCUCCAAAAACAAUGAUUCUGGAAUGGGUAGUCUCCGCCGCGGUGGCUAUAUCGAUCAUGGUUCUCUUCUCGUCUCGAUAUAUCAUGCGUUGGAAACUGGAAGAGAUUUACGAGACAGCUAAAAAGAAGAUAGAUUCCUUGGAACAAUGUUCACCAUUGCUGCUCUCAUGGCUCUUGGUGAACCCCUGAUUUCUAUUCCAAAAGUAUCCAGAGGAUAUCCUGUACUAGGGUUCUUCACUUGGAGAUGGAUUUCCACACUUGGAUUGGAUCAUAUGUACUCUGCUCCUAUUUUUCUUGGGAUGUUGGUUCUUUUAGCAGCUUCACUUAUGGCUUGUACUUAUACUACUCAGAUACCUUUGGUUAAGGUUGCAAGAAGAUGGAGUUUUAUGAAGUCAGAUGAGGCAAUUAAAAAGCAGGAUUGGUUUGUUCUGCAGGUAUUUAUGAAGGGUCCUUCAUUGUAUGCUUUUAAGGGUUUGGCUGGUCGAUUUGCGCCUAUUGGAGUACAUAUAGCAAUGCUUCUGAUUAUGGUGGGUGGAACUCUUAGUGCGACCGGGAGCUUUAGAGGCUCGGUCACAGUUCCUCAAGGGCUAAACUUUGUCAUGGGAGAUGUAUUAGCCCCAGUUGGGUUUUUCUCAUUCCAACAGAUGCUUUUAAUACUGAAGUUCACGUUAACCGAUUCACCAUGGAUUAUUAUGACAGUGGAGAAGUCUCACAGUUUCACUCUGAUCUUUCACUACGCGACCUUAUGGGAAAGAGCCUUGCAGGUGACAAAAGAUGGUGAAGGACCAUUCAACUUGGCAAUGGCACCUAUCAAGAUCAAUGGAGACAAGAAGUUAUAUGGGACCUUCUUACCAGUUGGUGAUACUAAUGCUCCCAAUGUCAAAGGAAUAUCUAUGCUAGCUCGGGAUCUACAAUCCAUUGUUGUGUAUGAUUUGGAAGGAAAAUUCGCUGGAAUAAGGAGACCAAACUCGAAGCUUCCCAUUGAAAUCAAUGGUAUGAAGAUCGUUAUCGAGGAUGCAAUUGGAAGCACUGGCCUUGAGUUAAAGACUGACCCAGGAGUACCAGUGGUCUAUGCUGGUUUUGGUGCUCUAAUGCUCACAACUUGUAUCAGUUACUUAUCUCAUUCACAGAUAUGGGCAUUACAAAAUGGAACAACAUUGGUCGUAGGGGGAAGAACAAACAGAGCCAAGAACCAGUUCCCUGAUGACAUGAAUCGAUUGCUCGAUCAAGUUCCGGAGCUAAUCAAAAAGAAUACUUCAGUUGUCUCCGAGCAAUCUUGAUUAGCUCUUCGAAUCUGAUACAUUUCAAGUCAGAACCAAUAGAGUUGUACAGAAUUAUGGAAAAGGUAUAGUAUUCAAGAACGCAAUAAACAUGUUGCUGAUCAUAUGGAAAAAGAGAGGGGAGCUAUAGAAACUGAAACUUCAGAAUUGAUUUGCGUGGAGGUCUUGUUCUGAGUUACACAGUAAAGUUAGAAUAUAGAGGGUGAAUACUA